AUGGUUCCAAAUGAAUCCCACCAGUAUAUGGGAAUUACCUGGUUGCUCCAGCAUUUUGGAUGGACCUGGAUUGGCCUGCUUGUCAUGGAUGAUGACAGUGGGGACCAUUUCUUGCAUGCCCUGGAACCGCUACUUUCCCGGAAGGGAAUCUGUUCGGCAUUCAUACAGAGAAUCCCAAGCCAAGGUCGUUUGCUUACCAUUAAUGAAAUGAGCAGUAUGUCCUCAAAUAUUUAUCUACCAUUCAUGGAUAAGAAAGUCAGAACCUUUGUUGUCUAUGGUGAAACUCUCACCAUUAUUUGGUUGAAUAUGUUGAUGAUUCUAGCUGGUUCAGAUGAUCAGGAAAACAUCUCUGUUGGAAAGUUGUGGAUAACAACAGCCCAGAUUGAUUUUACAGUAAUGGGACUUAUAACAAGUUGGGAUUCCAAAAUAUUCCAAGGCACCAUUUCCUUUGAAGUUCACUCAAAUGAGCCUCUUGGGUUCCAGGCAUUUCUUCAGAACAUAAAAUUUUCCUGGGCACAAGGAUAUGGUUUUCUCAAGGACUUCUGGGAGCAAGCCUUCCACUGUUCAUUUCCAAAUCCUAAGAUGCCAGCCAAAGUUGAUAAAGCAUGUACUGGAGAGGAGAAGCUGAAGGACCUUCCUGGGUCAGUUUUUGAAAUGCGCAUGACUGGGCAAAGUUACAGUAUAUUUAAUGCUGUCUAUGCUGUGGCACACGCUUUGCAUGCCAUGUAUGCAUCUGGACCUAAUCGCAGAGCAAUGUUGAGUAGCAAACAUCUUCAGCUGCAAGACCUUCAUCCUUGGCAGCUCCACCAGUUUCUUCAAGGCAUUUCAUUUAAUAAUUCUGCUGGAGAAAAUGUACAUUUUAAUGAUAAAAUGGAAAUUGUUGCUGGAUUUGAUAUCAUGAAGAUGGUCAUAUUCCCAAACAACUCCUUCCUUAAAGUGAAAGUGGGAAGAAUGGAUCCCAGUGAAGGAGACGAAUUUGUCCUCAAUGAAGAUAAGGUUUCUUGGCAGAGACGUUUCAAUCAGGUCCUUCCUUUUUCUCUGUGUAGUAAUUCCUGCCAUGUGGGGUAUCAGAAGAAAAAGAAGGAGGGGGAGAAAUUUUGUUGCUAUGAUUGUGAUCCAUGCCCAGAAGGGAAGAUUUCAUACCAGAAAGAUGUGGACUACUGCUUCCAAUGCCCAGAAGAUCAAUAUCCAAGCAAAAACAGAGAUCAGUGCAUUUCUAAGACAAUAAGCUUCCUGACCUAUGAAGAACCUUUAGGGAUCAGUUUAGCUUCAGUUACAAUCUCUUUUUCCUUUAUCACAGCCAUGGUGCUUGGAACAUUUAUUAAGCACAAAGAUACUCCCCUAGUCAAAGCCAACAAUCGGGACCUCACCUACAGUCUUCUCAUCUCUCUUCUUCUCUGCUUCCUCUCUUCUUUGCUGUUCCUUGGACAACCUGGGAAAGUGACCUGCCUUCUCCGGCAACCGACAUUUGGCAUCAUCUUCUCAUUGGCUGUUUCUUCUGUGUUGGCCAAAACCAUGACUGUGGUGGUGGCUUUCAUGGCCACAAAACCAGGGUCCAAUAUGAGGAAGUGGGUGGGGAAAAGCCUGGCCAACUCCGUUAUUGUUUCUUGCUCCCUCAUUCAAGCCGGCAUUUGUGCUGUGUGGCUGGCAACCACUCCCCCAUUUCCAGAUUGUGACAUGCAAUCACAGAUUGGAGAAAUUGUUGAGGAAUGCAAUGAAGGUUCUGUCAUCAUGUUCUAUUUUGUCCUGGGCUAUUUGGGACUUCAGUCCCUUAUCAGCAUCACAGUGGCUUUCCUAGCCAGGAAGUUGCCAGACAGCUUUAAUGAAGCCAAGUUCAUCACCUUCAGCAUGCUGAUGUUUUGCAGUGUUUGGUUGUGUUUUGUUCCAACCUACCUGAGCACUAAGGGGAAAUACAUGGUAGCUGUUGAGAUCUUCUCUAUUUUGGCCUCUAGUGCAGGGUUACUGGUUUGUAUAUUUUCCCCCAAAUGCUACAUUAUUUUGCUGAGGCCUGAGCUGAACAUCAGAGAGCAUCUAAUAAGAAGAACAAAUUAA